GAGCUCGGCGCAGGGGAGGGGGGCGGGGGGCGGCUCGGCGGCGGGUCUGCGGGCCCCAUGGGCGGGUGUGUGGGCUCCCACCACGACUCCUCGGGCAGCCUCAACGAGAACUCGGACGGCACCGGAGUGGCUCUUGGUCGUAACCAGCCCCUGAAGAAGGAGAAACCCAAAUGGAAGAGCGAUUACCCCAUGACGGACGGGCAGCUCCGCAGUAAGAGGGAUGAAUUUUGGGACACAGCCCCGGCCUUCGAGGGCAGGAAGGAGAUUUGGGAUGCCCUCAAGGCUGCUGCCCACGCCUUUGAGAGCAACGACCACGAACUGGCACAAGCAAUCAUUGAUGGUGCAAACAUAACACUACCCCAUGGUGCUCUUACGGAGUGUUACGAUGAACUGGGCAACCGCUACCAGCUCCCCGUCUACUGCCUGGCCCCACCCAUCAACAUGAUCGAGGAGAAGGGGGACCUGGAGACUCUGGAUAUCCCUGACCCCCCUCCCAACUCGGGGCACGAGUGCCAGCUGCGCCUGCGCCUGUCCACGGGCAAAGACCUGAAGCUGCAGGUGCGCAGCAUGGACAGCGUGUACCACAUGAAGCGGCGGCUGCACGCCGUGGAGGGGGUGGAACCGGGCAGCCAGCGCUGGUUCUUCUCUGGGAGACCCCUGGCAGACAAAAUGAAACUGGAGGAGUUGAAAAUCCCAAAGGACUACGUGGUGCAAGUCAUCGUGAGCCAGCCCUUAGCAAAUCCCACCCCGGUGGAAAACUGAUUUCUGCUCGUUUGUUGGUUCUUCUCUCCUGCCUCUCUGUUGUGGGGUUUGUUUUCGCUGCCCUCUCUUCUUUUUUGGGGUUGUCCUGCUCAUGGAUGGGUUGCAAGGAAUGACCAGCAAAAAAAUUCCAUCUGUGAUGGAGAUCUGCAAAAACGUAAAACCGUAACCUGGCCUCUGGGGUUUGCCUGAUCUCGUAUUGAGCACAGCAAGAGGAACAGGGCAAGGGCAAAGAAAGGGAAAAGAGGGAGGGAAGAGAUUGUUCUUCACUUAAUACAGACAUGUGAUGGUCCUGGAACUGUCAGUGGUGUCCCGAUCCACGAGGCCGGAGCAGCAGAGAGCACUUUUAUUUAAAAAACCAACUUGAAACGGAAUCAGUGUAUGCAGUUCCUGCAGGAAGGAGCCCGGUGCUCACGGAGAUCCCUCCGGGUGUGCCCGGGCUCUGAUGAGGCUCAGCCAGCCCUGGGCAGCGGAGCUGGGCUGGGCUUUGCUCUCUGGCAGCUCCUGGUGAUGCUCAGCCUGAGCAAUUGUACAUUCCGAGGUGGCAGUGCAGUCCUGUGCCACUGCCUCAGGCAAUAACUCAGCCCUGGCUGCUCUGUACUGUAAUUUACCUGCUCCAACACAGCCUCAGCCUCAGCUCCUGCCUCUGUGCCUGCUGAAUCGCUGUCCCUCAGACCACAGAGGCUGUGCUCAGCUGAGUGCUGCUCUGUGAGUGCAGCCCCUGUGUGCCACAGCCCCAGGUGACUCUGCAGGUGCUGCCAGGUGUGAUGGAUCCCAGCUCCCCGUGCUGCCCUGCACGGGCAGAGAGGCUGAGGAUGCAGCAGCACACGGCUGCCAGCCUUUGGGGUGGCACUGGGAGAGCCCAGAGAUGCUGAGGAUGCAGCAGCACACGGCUGCCAGCCUUUGGGGUGGCACAGCCUUGCAGCUCUGGUGACUCCAGCACAGCUGGGGUGGCCUCACCAGCACAGAGCUGGGCCCUUGCUGGCCCUCCAGAAUGUCCCAGGGGCCCUGCAGCAGAUGACAAAUCCUUUUGUAGUCUCACAGACCCUGCUGGGGUUGGGGGAUGCACUUGGUUCCCCCACUGGAGCUGCCCUGUGGCUGCUCUGCACCCCUGCCUUUGCUGGAGAUCAAGGCCCUGCUCUUUUAAUCAUCAUUAAUCAUUUCUGUUUGAUUGGGGUUUAAGCCAUCGUUGAAAUCACUUCUUCCAAAGUUAAACGUGCUCUUAAUGAUUUUUGGUUUUUUAAUCCUGGUUUCUGUCUUCCCUCUGUGAAUUAAGUGAAACCCUUGACAAUUUUAAACUUCUGCUCCUUCAGUAAUUCCAUAGAAAUCAAAUUUAUGGCUCGCAGAGUGCUUGUGCCAGAGUCAGGAUGAUCAGGGACAUCCCAGCAGGUGGAAGCAGAAUUUCACUGAUGGUUGGGAAACAGAGCCACGUUUUGUUUGCAUUUCCCACCCCACCCCACCCAACUACAGCUUUUUUUGGUCCUCAUUUUGUACCAAACCUGAGGGUUUCUGACAGCUCCACUGGCCCCACUUGGUACAGGGUGCCUGAAAUGCAGUGGCAGAGCUGUAGAAAGGAAAAUGAGUUCCCUGUUCUCAUAAUCACCAAAGUGACUUGCUUUGCUUUCCUUUUUUCUUCUUUUUUUUUCCUUUAUUUUUAAAGGUGAAAGUGAGUUGAUCAGUACUAACCUAGAACAAGUUUUCUAUUGUGGAGUUUUUUUCAAGCAAAUUUGAUUUACCGUACUUGAGGGUUUUUUUGCAGCCAAAUCUUUUGCAUUCCAGGGGAGGGGGAAAUAUUUGCUACAUAAACAAGUCAAAAAAAAAUCUCUCUUGGGUUUUCUCUGGGCAAAAGAUGGGAUCAUGCCAGGAAGACACUACUUGUCUUAAAAGGCAUAAUUUAUAUGUCUGGAUAAAUGCUCUUUAUGGGGUCAUUUCCCUGCAGUCCCUCCUGGAAAGGGGGGAAAAUUCUGAUGGAUUAAGGAGGAGCAAACCUGGAGCUGUGAACACUAAAACACCACUUUUUUAUUUUUGUAGGAUCCUUUUAUUAUUAUUAUUAUUAUUGUUAUUAUUAUUUCUAUUUUCAUUCAGGCAAUUUGUCGCCAGGUGCUGGUUUUGAGAUGUUGGGGCUGGGAUUGCUCUGCCCCCUCUGAGGCUUAAUUUCAUGACACUGUUCCACAUGAUCAUGAUUUAUAUUAAUUGCUUUUAUGGCAGGGAGGAAAGGUGAAGCUCUGAGGGCUGUGUUGUGAGGGAGUUCUGAGUAGAACAGAGACUUUGUUCAUGAAAAUUCUCUUUAACAGCCUCCCCCUCCUUCAUCACAUAUCAAAACCUGAAAGAAUUCAAUGGUAAAAUGCUUUUAGAGGUGACAGUGAAGAGUUUGACCCUCUCUGUAUAAAGUGACAGCACUACUGAGCACACACCCUGCAGAAACACAAUUUUACAAGGUUUCUAUUAGGAAAGAACUUUAAAUCUCAAAAUAGCUGUUAAAAAUCUCAGCAACAAGCUGCAAAGGCACAUGGCUGACAGGGCCAGGUAUAGAACUGGAAAUUGUGACAUAACAGAGACACAUUUGUGUCUCAAAUGAUGGAGUUUGCCCUAAAAAUUGGGGUUUGGUGCAGAUUCCAGUGCAGGGGAGAAGGCUGAGAGUAUGGGAUGAGUUUUGGGGCAGAGGGGGCAUCCCUUGAGAGAGGGAAAAUUGAUUUUGGUGGCUGAAGUGGCACCGAUCAGGGGCUCUCCUGUGGGGGCUGGUGGCUGCUGGGGAGAGAUGGAGAACCCCAGGAGGGGAUAGAGAACCCCAGGAGGGGAUGGAGAACCCCAGGAGGGGAUGGAGAACCUCAGGAGGGGAUGGAGAACCUCAGGAGGGGAUGGAGAACCUCAGGAGGGGAUGGAGAACCACAGGAUGGGCUGGAAAACCCCAGGAUGGGAUGGAGAACCUCAGGAGGGGAUGGAGAACCUCAGGAGGGGAUGGAGAACCCCAGGAUGGGAUGGAGAACCCCAGGAGGGGAUGGAGAACCCCAGGAUUGCAGCAGGAGGGUGCUGGCAGCAUGUCCUGGCUGGGUUUUGCCCUUGGGGUGCUGUAACAGAAUUUUAACGCACACAACACCAGCAAGGAGGAAUCAAUUUGAGAUUUUUAAAUUUCCCCCCUCAGCCCUCUGUGCCAUUCCUGCUCAGCUCUGGCUGGGAACUGAUACCAGGAGAGCCUUUUUUACCCUGUCAGUGGCAGCUCUGUUUGCUCUGACACAGCUCAGAUUUUUCUACUCUUUCUUGCCACUUCAGCCCGAGCCAGAAGUGAUGACCUGAUGAAAGUCACACUCCUGAAGAGCUCGAAGGGCAGAGAGGCACAAACACCUGAGCCUGCCAGGGCCAGGGAGCCCCAAAAAUAGCCCCAGGUGUGCUGCAGGUGCAUUUGGGGCACUGCAGAAGGAUGCUCAGGGUCUUCUUCCCCACCCCAGUGACAGCUGCUCCUUCAGAGCCCCCCAAAUGUCCCUGCCUGCCUCGGUGCAUCGCAGGUUUUGGGGUCCUCCACACAAAACACAGCUUGGGAUUCAUUUUCUGAAAGCCUUCGCUUCUCUGGAGCUGGGGAGUGUUUUGGAAAAUGAAUUGGUGGUGUGAUAAGUUGGGUUUUUAAUAGACACCUUAAAUUUGGGGUGUAACAACACCAAAAAUCCUCAGCCCCAGAGCAACCAAACCAACCCCAGCUUUUCUUUGCCUUCCACAGAAAGUUUGGGGAGGAGAGGAAAGAGGGAAUCUUUGGAGCAACUGUGCAUAAUGUUUGGUGAAGGUCAAUGAUAACUUGAUAAAAUAUUGCUGUAGUGUGAUGUGCUUCUGCAUAUAUAUCCAUUGCUAGUAAAUAAUGUAAAUUUUUUUUUUUGAAAGUAUUAAAAAUACAAAAAUACUCUUUGUUACAAUGGUGGGAUGCUUUUAGCCAUGGAGUUCUGGAAGCAUUUUUGCUGUGUAGGUGUUGACAAAGUGAAUGCUGAACGUUUCUCCAUGUCUGUGAUGCUUCAGAAAUGGAAGGGGCAGCUGCAUUUCUGGUUCUGGAGCUCUCUUUUCCAAACUUUUCCAUGUUCUUGUACAGACAUCCGAGACCCUGCACCUUAUGCAGAGAAUGUUUACAUUUAAAAAAAAAAAAAAAAAGGAAUUUUUUUUUCUUUUUUUGGCUUUUGCCCUGUGCUGCUCAGAUCCUGUUACUUUGAAAUGAAAGUAGUCUCUGUUAGGAAAAGGGGCUUUUUGAUGGUUUUUUGGUUGGUUUUGGUUUUUUUGCCCUUCCCUGCAAUCAAAUCCCUCCUGGAUUGUGGCUGGAAGCUCUGGGACAGCUUGGACUUUUCUGGGAGUGGGAUUAGAGGUGCUUGAGAAAGGUGUUUUUAAAAAUAAAACCCCUGCCUUGGCUGUGGGGAUGAGCUCUGUCCACGCUGCAGCUUCCCUGGAAAACAGCAAACCCUGCUCCAAACCCUCUGGACGUCGUGGCUGCCUUGGGAAGCCUCGGGGUUGCAUUUCCCAGCAUCCACAUUCCUGUUUCCUCCCCAAAUGAUGAAUGUCCUGCUGUUCCCUCUGCAGCCACAAACACCCUGUGGUGGUUUGGAUGCACAAAGCUGCUCCAAGGUUUCCCUGCCCAGGAAUUGUUUGGGAUUGCUGUGGGUGCCUCUCCUCUCCCGAAUUCCACCCGCUGGAUCCUCCGUUGGGAUGGAGUUGGAGCUCUCCUUCCCCAGGGAGACACUUCACUGAGCCUACACCGGGCAGGCAGCUGGAAAAUGAGAUAUUUUAACCAAAAGGCUCCUUCAAGUGGACUUUUGAGACUUUUACCCAACGUGUCUGCUGGAUUUUCCAUGGAAAACUCCUCCUGACCCUCCGAGCAGGGCCGCGCUCGCGGGGUCGGCCCCGGGGGAACUCUGGAUUUGACAUUUUCCACAUGAAGACCACUCAGAGCCACAGGGCAAAGAGAAAACUUCAAAUCCUGACCCCUGCCUUAAAACCUCUCGUUCAUCUUGAGCUCCAGAAAAUCCUGCACCUGCUCCCUCCCAGAUCCCUUUUUUUUUUCCUUCCGUUGGGAAAUCGGAAUCCGCUCCAAAAGCUGCAGACAAUUGCAGGCAGUGGACAAUAAAAGGAAUUGGAGCUGGUGGCUUUAUUAAAACAACAAACUGGUCUUGGCUUAAAACCCUUAUUUGUGCCUCUCAAGUCCAGGGAAUGUUUCAAAAGAGGUGGAUUUGAGCAACAGCUGGCCAGGACUGCGGUGGUGGCACCGGGGGACACCUGGUGGCACUUGGUGACACUUUGAGCAAGGGACUCGGCUCCGUGUCCUCUCUGCCUCACGGGAAUGGCUUUCAAAGAUGGCUGGUACCAUCAAAUUUGUACUUCUUGAAUAAAUACCUUCAUUUUUAUGGUAAAA